AUGGCAGACAAUCCCGGACGUGGAGGCGGAGGACGCGGUGGCGGAGGUGGCGGCGGCGGCGGACGCGGAGGGCACCAGGGAGGGGGACGUGGCGGUGGACGCGGAGGCGGAAACUCUUCACACACCGAGCGUCCCAAGAAGGAGUCGAUCCUCGAUCUCGGAAAGUAUAUGGAUCAAAAGAUUCGUGUCAAAUACAGCGGUGGCCGCGAAGUCAUUGGAACGUUGAAGGGUUAUGAUCCCUUGUUGAACUUGGUUCUUGACGAGACCGAGGAGUGCCUGAGAGAUCCAGAGGAUGGCCGCUUAUUGAACCAGACCAGAACUUUGGGCUUGGUAGUCUGCCGUGGACCCUCCGUCAUCUUGAUCUCCCCCAUGGACGGUACAUUGGAGAUUGCCAACCCCUUCAUCCAAGAAGACGAGGCCGUCAUCUAA